GCGUGCAUUGACCUCCUCCUGCGCUCCCAUUUUAAUGGCGGGUGGCGUCUGCUGAGGGGGACGCGAAUAAUCGCUGCCGGCACAGGGAAAGUCUCCCUGCCUGCCCCAUUUCCUCUCGCCGCCAGUAUUCGAGCCAGCCAGCAUGUCCGUGGUGCCGCCCAAUCGCUCACAAACCGGCUGGCCCCGCGGGGUCAACCAGUUCGGCAACAAGUACAUCCAGCAGACCAAGCCCCUCACCCUGGAGCGAACCAUCAAUCUGUACCCUCUUACCAAUUACACUUUUGGUACAAAAGAGCCCCUCUAUGAAAAGGACAGUUCUGUUGCAGCCAGAUUUCAGCGCAUGAGAGAAGAGUUUGAUAAAAUUGGAAUGAGAAGGACCGUAGAAGGGGUUCUGAUUGUCCAUGAGCACCGGCUACCACAUGUGUUGCUGCUGCAGCUGGGAACAACUUUCUUCAAAUUACCUGGUGGUGAACUUAACCCGGGAGAAGAUGAAGUUGAAGGACUAAAACGCUUAAUGACAGAGAUACUGGGUCGUCAGGAUGGAGUCCUGCAAGACUGGGUCAUUGAUGACUGCAUCGGUAACUGGUGGAGACCGAAUUUCGAGCCUCCUCAGUAUCCAUAUAUUCCUGCGCAUAUUACAAAACCUAAGGAACACAAGAAGUUGUUUUUGGUUCAACUUCAAGAGAAAGCCUUGUUUGCAGUCCCUAAAAAUUACAAGCUUGUGGCUGCACCAUUGUUUGAAUUGUAUGACAAUGCACCAGGAUAUGGACCCAUCAUUUCCAGUCUCCCUCAGCUUCUGAGCAGGUUCAAUUUUAUAUACAACUGAAUUCCUGCGCAGUGGAGAAGUAAAAGAAGCCGUCUCUGUGAGCACAGCUAUACGCAGUGUAGAAUAAACAUGGUCGGAAAGGUUUUUUUUUUUUUUAAUCUCUUCCCCAAUCCCAAAAUUGCUACCUAUUUUCUGUUGUUUGAAUAGUAAAGUUAAUAUGAAGAACUAGAUAGUGGUGUAAACAAAUGUGACAGCAUUUAAUUUACUUUUGGUUUUACUCCUUUUUUGUACAACAUUAAAGACUAUGGACUUCUUUCUACUUGUAUUAUUAUUAUUAUUUUUUUCACAUUAAACUUGGAAAAUUCUUAGAGGUCAGGACUGUUUUUUCCCCCCUCCUAGGUUGGCGAAUGUUUAAAGACAAUGGCAGGUUGAGGUUAGUCGAGUUUAGGGGACCCUUGUUAUGAUGUGAUAGUUGGGGUAUACUCCAAGACACUUCUAGAUUUUUGUGAUGUUACUUUUGGGAACUAGAUUUGCUCGAUGGAGUCCCAGGGUGUAACUCCUGAACCAAAUAAAACCCUCUCGGUUGUACUACAGCAGCACUCCUAGUGUAUGACUGACUGGACAUUUUAUACUGAUACGUUCAGACCUUUGUUUGCAAGCAGCAAACCUUAAACAUAUGAGGAGUUAUUAAAAUUAGCUAGAUUAGGGAAACUUAUGGGAAUUGGUGUAAAAAGAGACCCACUGAGUGCUGAUUAAGAUGCUUUUCCUUUACAUAAUGGGGAUAUUGUGUUGUGGCAUUAUGUGUUUUAGUUAUUCUUACAGUCAUGGUAAAAUGGUGGUCUGUGAAGCAAGUUUCUAAAAGUGGGUCUGUUAGGUUUUGAACUCUUGGACUGCAAACUUAUUUCAGUUAUAUCCAUAGAAACGAACAUUUGGUUUUAGCAAGUGACAAAAGCAUUUUCAAAAAUACUUCGGAAUACUUCGAAUCAACUAAAAUAUAAGGACAGAAUAGGGGAUAGAUUGUAUCAGCCUAAAGGAAAAAUACCAAAUUCUGAAAGCUUUUUAAAAUAACUCUACUAUAUUAGGUUCAAGUAUAGGGGAAUAACAAAAGACUCCUAGGGCAAAGGAGUUUGCUGGCUGUGUCCUUGCUUAAUGGCCAGAGUAUUUUGUAUAUAUGCCUUGUAGCAAACUUGUUGAUUGUAGGCCUGUUGAAAAAGAAAUCUUGUAAGAUGCAGCUACUUAAGAGAGAUUGCUAUAGUUUUUAAUAAACAGAAAUGAAGUUUUGAUUAGUUCUUACAUCUUUAUGGUAGUGAUCACAGGCUUUUUCUCCUGAACAUAGGGUGAUUUAAAAGUUAUAUUGUAUACUCUUCCCUAUUUAGACUUGAAAAUAUUAGACCAAGAGCAAUUAUAUUAGUAAAGGUUCAAGUUUAUUUAGUUGAGGUCCCAUCAAACCGUCACAGGGUUUUGUGUCAAGUAGUGGUUGUGACCGUGCUGCUCAUGCUGUGUAGUAGGUGAGCACCACCAGGCUUUAGGACCAAAAAUCAUUAGUGAUUUUUUUUUAAAGCUACUAAUUUUGUGGAUAGUCCUCUCCCUCAAGGGCUAAUAGUCCCAUCCCUCUGGUUUACAUUAGUAUGUUUAUAACGUUUUGUGGGGAGCUCACUGAUUAGCUGAGCCCUGUCGAGACUGGGGAAGGCAAAGAUGGAGACAGCUUGAUGCAGUCCACCUUGGUUGCUUCUGGCAUCCAACUGAAAGGCUACAGUCACCACAUCUCAGAGGCACUAGGCUAGUGCUUGUCAUUUGGGGAUGGUGGAAAGAGGUGGGCUUUUUCUUCGUGUGGUUUAUAAAAUGCUGUAAAAGUUGAAGAGAUCUUAAUUUGAAGGUACUCAUGUCCUUUGUAGCAUAAGCUUUGACCUAGAAAUUCUUGAUCACUUCUUCACAAUGUAAGUGCUCGAGUCUGUCAUCUAUCUGUUGGGGCCAAGGUGAGAAACACCUUUGAUUAUAGCUGGCUGGGUUACUAACUUUAGAAUGUAAAAAAAAUAUGGUUUUGGAUGUUAAAUGACAACACACAAACACAGAUGUUUUAUACUGUCUUUGAAAUGGUCAGUUAUGGUUGUGUCUCAAUACUCCUGUGUUUUAGGUUUCCUGAUGGAAAUAGUAGAACUAGGAAAUUAAAAUCUGACGUAUUCCUAUACAUUAGACGAGGGUACAAGGGUAUUGCUUAACACUGAGCUCCUUUAAUGUAAGUUCUUAACACACCUCCUCAAAAUCUAAGUCAAAUUGUGCAUUCUAAAUCUCUACAUAUUAAAUACUACAUAAUUUUAAAAUGAGCUCUUGAACUAAUUUGUAUUUUUGAAUGCCUUCUGUGUGCCAGGUUUGUUUAUAAAUGAGAAUCCUGUUUUGCGUUGUAGGAGUACAAUAUAUGUGAUGUGAUUUUUUUUUUUCUUAGUAAUCCAAGUAGAGCGUAUUCUAUAUAAAUCUGCUAAAUGGCACUGGAAGAUAUUCAGUAGCUUGGAGGAAAAACAAAAAGUUUUAUUCAGGUAUUUUCAGUCAUACUUAGAAUUGCCAUCCCUUUGAAGAAAAGUGAAAAUUUUUUUUAAGUGCUGAAGACUGUUGUGGUUUCUUAAGUAAGUAGACAAUAUUUUAAAUGGCAUUAUGAUAAUUCUGUUUAUGAGUUUGUACUUUGUAACAUGAGGUCUGGAAGAUUUUUUAUUUUUUAACAUUGUCUUACCCUAGCUUACAUAGUUCAGUUAUUUUUUUUUAUGGGUUCCAUUGAAUUAGCAUGUAUUUGUAUAAAACAUAGGCAAAUUAACCAGUCUGUUUUCUUUGUGCUUAAUUAAAAGAGAGGUAGAGGUCCUCUAAAUUCAACAGGCCGGCGAGCAUUAGCAGCUUAGAAUUUCCCCUACUUAAACAAUGUGACUCUUAUGCUUGUGGUUUUAAAUGACUUUAGUUUUUGAGUAUUUAUUUGCUCAGUCACUUGAGGUGAAAUGCUUGGAUUAGCUUUUCAUGUGGGAGUUUCUCAAAUUUAAUGUUUUUACUAGUUCAUAGUGUUCAGGACAGUACCUGCUGAUCACUGUGACUGCUUCAGACAGUGUACAGUGUUGUAUGCGGCUUCACCAGAGAAGCCUUAGUGGGUUUUGACUGUACCACGAGUCUGCUUCCUUAGCAAAUUUAAUUUCCUUUAAUUAUUCCAUUUGCUUUGCAUCACUGAUUUCGGUUAAACUGGACCCAUUUCAGGUAGUUUGCCUUUGUUGUUUAGAUAGAUGAUGAAAAACAUAAAUACUAUAAUUUAAUUUGAGCCAUAGAAGACAUUUUAAUAUUAGCUCAUAUUUAUCAAGCUUGUUUUUGUGAAAACAAAACAAAAAACGGACUAAACCCUAAGUGAGUCUAGAGGUAGCCAGUUUAAGUGUAAUUUGUAUUUUAAUGAUAGAUUGUACAUCUAUCAUUAGAUGUAGAUUGUAGAAAAAAAUGGGGAACAUGUAUUACAUUCUCUGUUGAGGGAAAGAUCAAUGCAUUUAAACACUUAACAACUUUUGGUUACUGUGUUUACAUCAUAGUGUACCAGCAUCGUUUAUGGUUCAGCUUUGCAGACUUUUUAUGGCAUUACACUUACAGAAAAUGUAUAAAAGAAACUGUUUGAAGUUUUGGUUAUAUUUUUUAUAUUUGUAAAGUAAAAGUUGGAUUAAAAUGGUCACUGUUCUUUUGAAAUUUUAUUUUACUGUCAUUUCAAUUAAAAAAAAUAAAACAAUG